AUGUCUAACAAAGGAAGUGGCCGCGGUUUUCUAUUCUCUCGAGGUGGCCGUGGAGGCGGUGGUGGGCGCGGUGGCAUUCUUGGUUCUGCUGUUCGUGGGGUCGCUGGUGGAAUUGGGCUUGUCUCAGAGAGUGUUAGCUCUUACAAGGAGAAAAAGGCCGCUGAGAAGAGUGAGAAGAACGCGCCAGCACUAGUCCAGCAACAGCAGCAACCAGCACAUAAUCCUGAAGCAAGCUCGAGUAACGAUGCUCCCGUCUAUGAAAUGCCGGAAGACUCAUCUUAUCAAUCAGACCUCAAGAAUGACGCGACAGAACGACAAUGGGAGCUUGAUGACACACAAACUGAGCUUCUGUCAAACCCACAGGGUGAACCUUCACCACCACAGCCCGCAAAAGAUGACGCCGAUCUCGCCACCAUCUUCAUCAGAGAGCAUGGUUCAACCCCGAUAACCGGCCAACAAUUGGAAAUGCCAGUUAUUCUCGCGCAACGAAGACCCAAGAACCGCUCCCGUGGGUUUGUUCGUGGAUAUCCCCCCAUGCUUGAGGAUGUAGGCAUCGAUGAAGCCACUUGGCUCGAUUUUCUCGACAAAUUCGAUGCCGCGACGAUGGCUUCGCCGUGGAUCCAGGUUCUCAACUUUGCAGAAAUCGGUGGAUUUUUUGUAGGAUUUGCGCCGAGUAUUGCUAUUAGUGCAGCGACAUAUUUGACUAUUGAGAUUACCAAGGAUAUGCAUAGCCGACAGAACACAAACAAGUUCUUGACAAAGAUGAACGAAGAGUACUUCUUUCCUAGAGGUCUCUGCUGCCUCGUCAUGACGUGGAGAGAAGAUACCGGAAGACCUCAUGAGAUGGUUGACAUAACUAAGACCAUUGCUUCCGGAAUGAGCCCAGAAGACUCUGGGGUCGCAGAUAAAUUCAAGAGAUCUAGUGGCAAGACGUAUGGUGAUUUCGCUCUUCCUGAGGCUGCACCUCUCGUGUUCCCUACACUGGAUACCCUCGAUGCUGCUGAUAACGAGGAGUCCAAGGGCUUCAAGGCUACUAUGGCUAGAAAGAAGAAUUUUGUCGCAGAGUACUUCGAUAAGAGAGGACAGGCCGAGUUUGCGCACAAGAGCCCAGAGAAUGUCCUGGCCAACCAACAGCAAAAGCCAGAGUUUACUUCGCGUUACGCCGAUCCAUCUCACCCGUCGAACAGUGGCUCUGUCAUUUCGCUGCUGACCGGAGGUCAUGUUGACCCUACCAAGGCUCGCCAAGGUCGAAGUGGCUUGUUUUCACGUCGAGGAGGAAGGGGAGGCAGAGGUGGCAUGAGUGGAAGAGGUGGUUCCAGAUCCGGGCCAGUUUUUGAGUACUCGCCAGGUGAGUACGCGAAGAAGAUGUUCUUGAGCAAGGACGUCUUGUACUUGAUGGUUGUCAACUUGCCCUCUGAGCAAGAGCUCAACGAGGCUAAGGCUGCUAUGGGACGAGCCUGA